AAAGAAAAAGGAAAGAGAAGAGAGAGAAAGCCCAAAUCCCAAUUCCCCAUCUGGCUCGCUCGACAUCUUCUUCACUCCUCACUUCCCCCACUUUCUCUACUCCUAGCAUAGCAGCCUCACUUUCCCUCCUCGAUCGAAGCAGCAGGCGGAGGCGGAGGGGAUCGGCGAUGGAGCAGCAGGAGGAAGUGCCACCGCCGCCGGCGGGGCUGGGGCUGACGGCGGAGGAGUACGCGCAGGUGCGGGCGACGGUGGAGGCGCACCACCGCUACGCCGUGGGGCCGGGCCAAUGCUCCUCCCUCCUCGCGCAGCGCAUCCACGCGCCGCCCGCCGCCGUCUGGGCCGUCGUCCGCCGCUUCGACUGCCCCCAGGUGUACAAGCACUUCAUCCGCAGCUGCGUCCUCCGGCCCGACCCCCACCACGACGACAACGGCAACGACCUCCGCCCCGGCCGCCUCCGCGAGGUCAGCGUCAUCUCCGGCCUCCCCGCCAGCACCAGCACCGAGCGCCUCGACCUCCUCGACGACGCCCACCGCGUCUUCGGCUUCACCAUCACCGGCGGCGAGCACCGCCUCCGCAACUACCGAUCCGUCACCACCGUCUCCCAGCUCGACGAGAUCUGCACCCUCGUCCUCGAGUCCUACAUCGUCGACGUCCCCGACGGCAACACCGAGGACGACACCCGCCUCUUCGCCGACACCGUCAUCAGGCUCAACCUCCAGAAGCUCAAGUCCGUCUCCGAGGCCAACGCCAACGCCGCUGCCGCCGCCGCCGCUCCUCCUCCUCCUCCACCGGCGGCGGCGGAAUAGCCUUUUUCUUUUCUUUUUGGACCUCUCUGCAAUUUCACUUCUAUUCAGGGAGGUGCUUCGAAUUUGCUCCAUGUCUCAUGAAGUUGGAGGAGGAAGGGUCAGCUUCUAAUACAUCUCAUUCCUGGUGGUGCUGCCUGUAAUAAUCUCUUCAUCUUCUUUUUUCCUCUCCUCCUCCUCUUCUCUUCCUGGAUUUCUUUUGCUUGGAAUUUUUACUUACCUUUGUGUGUGUGUCUCACUUCCUGAUUGGAAUCCAUAUUUGCUUUUCGGUGGUUUUGUUCUUCAUUCAAAUUCAAAUUAAUCUAUCUAGCAUUUGUUCAUUA